CAAACAACACGAAGCCGUAACUCCAUGGAGUUAAGGCCGGGCUCAACCCCGUCCCCUUUUCAUUGAGCAUGGACGUGUCCAUAGCUGCCUGUGCAAGUGGGACUACAAAAGAGUCAAAUUCCCCAUGCUGUCCGCAAGCAGUUUGAACUUGGACGGCUUCCUCUCCUCAAGCACCCAGACAUUCAGCCUCGCUUCGUCCUGAUCUUCCCCUCCAAGACGCAUGCCUUACCAAGCCCAGCAUUAACACACCGUCAUAUCCGCCAUGGUUGGUUCCAAAGAGCUCGAGCCAUCGUACAAGUCCUUCGGGAAGAUCUUCUUCCUGAAUCAGUUCCGCGAGAAGCCGCAAUGGCCAGCCCCAGGCACAACCCUCUCCGGCAAGACGGCCAUCGUGACCGGGGCCAACACGGGGCUCGGGUACGAGGCCGCCCUGCAGCUGCUGGGCCUAAACCUCUCGCGGCUAAUUCUUGCCGUGCGGUCUGUCGACAAGGGCGAGGCUGCCGCGGCCAAGAUGCGCAGCCAGUUCCCCAAAGCUACCAUAGAAGUCUGGCAGUUGGACAUGUGCUCGUACGAAUCGAUCCAGGCCUUUGCCCGGCGUGCCGAGUCCCAGCUGCCUCGUCUCGACAUUGCCCUGCUCAACGCGGGCAUCAUCAAGUUCACCUUUACCACGGUCCCGAGCACCGGCCACGAGGAGACGCUGCAGGUCAACUACCUGUCCACCAUGCUGCUCGCCGUGCUCCUGCUGCCCAUCCUCAAGGCGAAGAAUCAGCAUGGCGAGCCCGGGCGGCUGACCAUUGUCAGCGCGGCGCUGACACUGGCGGCCAAGUUCCCCGAGAGAAACCAGGUUCCUGUGCUCAAGGCGUUUGACGAUCCAAAGCUGUUCACCAACGACGAGACGUACAAUUCGAGCAAGCUGCUGGCCCACAUGUUUCUGUGGAACCUGGUUGACUACGUCUGGGCGGAUGAUGUUAUUGUGAAUCUGGCAGACCCGGCCUGGUGCAAAGGCACCAACCUGGCGCGCGAGGUCACGGGUACCGGGCUGAGGCUGGGCGUCAAGCUCUUUGGUGCCACUACGGGAAGGUCGCCCAAGGUUGGUGCGUCGUGCUUUGUUGAUGCCAUUGUCAACAAGGGCAAGGAGUCGCACGGCUGUUUCCUCAUGAGCUGGAAGAUUCAUCCGUUCGCUGCCUAUUUGUAUACCCCCGAAGGACGCGCGGUUACACAGCGGGUCUGGGAGGAGACCUUGGCCGAGCUUGACUUUGCCGGCAUCCGCGCCAUAUUGGAAUCCAUGAAAGCGUGAAGGCGUGAUUGAUGGCGCGAGAGGGGGGCCGGCGCGAUAAGGGGAAUCUUGUCAUACGACAUACGGUUCUGUGGCUGCGUGUUACCUCAGUAUAGACACGAGAAUUGGUGUUCAUAGUACUCGAUAGU